AUGAGAUACUUUGCGCCCCUCGUCCUCCUUGCUGGCCUCGUCUCCAGCAAGCCAACGCCAACAGUCCAGAAUGCGACUCUCUACCUGUGUUCUGACAGCACUGCGGCAAACUACAAUCCUGCCACCACACCUAUUCAGGGUUUCGGCUACUACCUCGGAAACUACCUCUCCACAAACUUUGUGAACCGCGCCCGGGGCGGCCGCUCCACCCGCUCUUUCAUUAACGAGGGUCUCUGGGGUCAGCUCCUCGACAUGCUCGUCCCCGGCGAUUACGUCGUGAUUGAGAUGGGCCACAACGAUAACGGCACUCCCGGGACCGGCAGUGACGUCGGCAAGGACCGCGCCGUGGUUCCGGGGAUUGGGAACGAGACUGUAACUGUGACCAACUCGACCGGAGCGGAAGAGGUGGUUCGCACGUUCGGUUCGUAUCUGAGGCAGAUGAUUAAGGAUGUGGAGGACAAGAGCGCCACGGUAGUGUUGAGUGGGAUGGUGCCAACUAUGAGUUGGUCCAGUGACAACAAGACCUUGGCGACGGUGUGGCCGUUUACGGAGUAUGCGAGAGCGGUUGCAGAAGAGCAGAAGGUGCCGUUUGUGGACCACACAAAGUACUCGGUGGCGAGACAGCAGGCACUGGGAUAUACUGCUGCGAAGGCUAUGUAUCCUCUUGAUAACACCCACACCGAUGCCGCAGGAGCUACACUUAACGCGGAGAGCUUUGUCACGGCGGUGAAGUGCGCAAGUGGCAAGUGGAAGCUCAAGCAGGCCCUCUUGGGCAAUAACCCGAACGCAACUGCUGUUAAUUAUCCAUGUGCAUAG